AUGAGCAGCCCGAAAAGGAGAAUCGAGACCGAUGUCAUGAAGAUGUUGAUGAGUGAUUACGAGGUGACGCUGGUCAAUGACAACACACCAUUUACCGGCGGCCACUGGAAGAUUCACGUCGAGUUGCCCGACCAAUACCCCUACAAGAGUCCUAGCAUCGGAUUUGUCAACCGGAUUUUCCACCCCAACAUCGAUGAGCUAUCCGGAUCGGUUUGCUUGGAUGUCAUUAAUCAAACAUGGUCUCCCAUGUACGACAUGCUCAACAUCUUCGAAGUUUUCCUGCCCCAGCUCCUACGGUACCCCAACCCAUCCGACCCCCUCAACGGCGAAGCAGCAGCGUUGAUGAUGCGGGAGCCGAAGGCAUACGAGGCCAAAGUAAAGGAAUAUGUCUCCAAGUAUGCUAGCAAAGAAGCAGUGGACGAAGCAGGAGAAGAUACCGAGUCUGAAGAUGAGCUCAGCUCUGCCGGAAGCUUUGAAUCCGACGGGGACGAACCAGCUGGGGCAAUGGACGACGUCUAA